CGAAGCAAGUUCUCCUUACUAGCGACACAGUAUUAUUCGUCUACCAUUAUUGUCGGCGUCGUCUGCAGUUGAAGUUUCUAUCGUCGCUAUCACCGUCUACCGUUACUGCCGUUAACGCUGCCUUGCCGUUGUCAUUAUCGCAUUCGUCGUCUACCGUUGUUGCCGUCUUUUCUGGCAUUGUCGUUGCCGGUGUGUAUAGGUACCGCUGCUAUUGCCGUCAACAUUCAAAAUAAGGUAAAAUGGUCUUCCAGUGGAGAAGGAAGAAGAAAAGUAUUAAUCUUGAAGAAACGAAAAGAAAAUUGUUACAAUGUCGAUCUGAUGCCGUGUACUACUCGCCGUACAUGGUUUGAAAUUAUGUGUUUAUAUUCUUCUUCCAGAAGUCUGCGCUUCACUGAGCACCAUAGAUAUAGCUUGGAAAGACUAUCAUUUUCACAACCAAACAAACCAAACCCAGAUUGCAAAAAUGGCUUCUCAGCCUCAGCCUCAGCCCCAGCUCCUACUCUUACUUCUUCUUCUUCUCUCUACCAUUACAGCCGCCAUAAACCCAGGCACAUCUCUCUACGCAAACAACUCAAAGCAGACUUGGGCUUCCCCAAACAGCACUUACUCUAUGGGCUUUCUUCCCGCUGAUCCACCUACUUCGCCGCCAACUUUCAUCGCCGCCGUCGCCUACGCCGGCGGCGUCUCUAUCUGGUCUGCUGGUGGAAUAAACAACAUCGCCGUCGACUCCGGUGGAGCUCUCCACUUCGAGUCUACGGGCAAUCUCAGGCUCGUCAACGGUUCCGGUGCCGCCGUCUGGAGUUCCGAUACGGGUGACCUCGGUGUGUCCUCUCUUGACGUUGGGGACGAUGGAAAUUUGGUUCUGAAUAAUGGGUCUGCCACAGUUUGGUCCUCCUUCGAUCAUCCGACGGACUCCAUGGUUCCUUCUCAGAACUUCAAUAUCAGUAAGGUUUUGCGAUCUGGGCUUUAUUCAUUUGGGAUUACUAAGAUGGGAAACCUUACUCUUAAGUGGAACAAUAGUAUAGAGUACUGGACACAAGGCUUGAACUCUUCGAUCAGAAAUAACCCUUGGGACCCAAAAAGUGUCGUUACAAUCACUACCAAUUUGAGUUCACCUAGUCUGGCGUUACAGUCCAUUGGAAUUCUUUCCAUCUCGGAUCGAAAUUUGCCUACGGCUGCCAUUGCUGCUUAUAGUAGUGACUAUGCUGAAGGUAGUGAUAUAUUGAGGUUUCUGAAAUUAGAUAGUGAUGGGAAUUUGAGGAUUUAUAGCUCUGCUAGGGGUAGUGGGACUAAAACUGAGAGAUGGGCAGCUGUUACUGACCAGUGCCAAGUUUUUGGCUACUGUGGAGACAUGGGAAUUUGUAGUUAUAAUGAUUCUUUUCCAGUUUGUGGGUGCCCAUCUCAGAAUUUUGAACUAGUUGAUCCUAAAGAUAGUAGAAAAGGGUGUAAGAGAAAAGUGGAGAUUGAUGAUUGUCCAGGGAACGCUACCAUGUUGGAUUUGGAGCAUACCCGGUUCUUGACUUACCCUCCUGAGUAUCAAGCCCAGGUUUUCUUCGUUGGUAUAUCAACUUGUAGGCUAAAUUGUCUUGUGAGUGGCUCUUGUGAUGCUUCAACUUCAUUGUCUGAUGGCACAGGGCUUUGUUUCUACAAGACACCUGGUUUUCUUAGCGGAUAUUCAAGCCCAGCUAUGUCUAGUAGAUCUUAUAUCAAGGUUUGCGGUUCAGUGAGUCCAAACCCUUUGCCUUCUUCGCAGAAUGUUGGCAACAGUAAAAAGUGGAAGAUUCGCCCUUGGAUAGUUGCUUUUGUGGUUUUGACUACCCUUUUCAGUUUGAUGGCAUUAGAGGGUGGUUUGUGGUGGUGGUUCUGUAGAAAUAGGCCUAACUUUGGUGGAUUGUCUGCUCACUACGCCCUUCUGGAGUAUGCUUCUGGUGCACCAGUUCAGUUCUCAUACAAGGAGCUGCAGCAUGCGACAAAGAGAUUCAAGGAGAAGCUCGGAUCAGGUGGAUUUGGGACGGUUUAUCGAGCUGUUCUUUCGAACAAAACAGUGGCUGCUGUUAAGCAGCUUGAGGGGAUUGAGCAAGGUGAGAAACAAUUCAGGAUGGAGGUUGCUACUAUUUGUAGUACCCACCAUAUGAAUCUGGUGAGACUAGUCGGAUUUUGCUCUGAAGGGCGUCACAGACUGUUAGUAUACGAGUUCAUGAAAAAUGGAUCCCUUGAUUCAUUCCUUUUCAAUACAGAAGGCAAUUCAGGAAGAUUGUUAAACUGGGAAUGUCGUUUCAACAUAGCUCUUGGCACUGCAAGAGGAAUCACUUACCUCCAUGAGGAGUGUCGAGACUGCAUUGUGCAUUGUGAUAUUAAGCCAGAGAACAUUCUUUUAAAUGAAAACUAUUGUGCCAAAGUUUCAGACUUUGGCCUCGCAAAGCUGAUUGACGCGAAGGAUCAUCGGUACAGAACUCUGAAGAGUGUAAGAGGUACUAGAGGUUAUUUGGCACCUGAAUGGCUUGCAAAUCUCCCAGUAACUUCAAAAUCCGAUGUUUAUUCAUAUGGAAUGGUUCUACUGGAAACAGUGAGUGGUAAAAGAAACUUUGAAGUGUCAGCAGAAACAAAUCAUAAAAAGUUCUCCGUUUGGGCUUAUGAGGAGUUUAUGAAUGGUAACAUUCAGAAUAUUGUUGACAAAAGGCUUGUUGUUGACCAAGAUGUUGAUAUGGAUCAAGUUAUGAGGGCAGUUCAGGUGAGCUUCUGGUGCAUACAAGAUCAACCAUCUCAUAGGCCGAUGAUGGGAAAAGUGGUUCAGAUGCUUGAAGGUAUCAUGGAAAUUGAGAGACCCCCAGCUCCAAAGGCAGCCCCAGAAGUGUCUAUUUCCAGAAAUGCAAGCAGCAAUGCCAGUGCUCUAUCAAGUGCUGCAACAUCAGCAGCACCAGCACAGUCUUCAUUUUCGUCCUUCCAAACUACAGGGACGCCUUUAGCGUCUGAAAAGGCAUAGUCGAUCCUUUUACAUUCAGAUCAAAAGUGAAGCUCAUCCGCGCACCCUUGUGUUUUUGUUUGUCUACAAGCAGAGGCUACACUAUCUUGAAAUGCCAUCACCUUGGAGUCCCAACUGGUAUCCUGAGUAACGACAUAGCAUUUGUUAUAGUAUUCCGAAUGGUUAGGCAGAUGGGGUAACCUAGUUUAACAAAGAAUGGAGAUUUUGUGAAAAGAAAUGCAGCUUAGAAUAUAAGAUUGUUCAUUGUAUUAAGUGUAUAGUUUAAAAUGCACAUAAGUUUAUUCCUAUGAGUGUGAGAUAUAAGGGAAAUAUUAUUUAUAGCUUUCUGUCUCCUUAGCACAAUCGAUUCAAUAAAGGUUAAGAGUUCCAGAAUUAUGGUUGUAUACAAA